UUUGAUAUAUUUUGUAAUGUAUCACAAGAGUCAGCAACUCUUAUCUUCCAGAGAAAAAGACUGGCGUUCAUGAAAAGAUUCAUUGUAAGCACUGAACCUCUCCAGUCAAUUUAAGACACCCAAACCUAUCCUGUUACUAUCUGUUCCACCUCUCAUGGAGCCUUUUCUCCAGAUCCUGUUAAUUCUGAUUUCUAGCCUCCUUGCCCUAUUCGUCGGUGUCUACUUUUACCAUUUAAAGAGACCAAAUACUUUGAAAACAAGAAGCUGCAGUCCACCCCGAGCAGGUGGUUCUUGGCCUAUUAUUGGGCACAUGCACUUACUUGGUGGCGGGCAACUGACCCACAAAACACUAGGUGCCAUGGCUGAUAAAUACGGACCUGUUUUCACUAUAAUGCUAGGUUCUCAUAGAGUCUUGGUUUUAAGUAGUUGGGAAACAGUCAAAGAGUGUUUCACUGUCCAUGACAGAGUUUUCUCCACCAGACCAAGCAUUGCAGCCUCAAAGCUACUAGGCUAUGAUUUUGCCAUGUUUGGAUUUGCUCCCUAUGGUUCUUACUGGCGUGAGAUGCGCAAGAUAGCCAUGAUUGAGCUUCUAUCAAACCACCGGAUUGAUAUGCUCAGGCACAUACGAGAUGCGGAGGUAAAAACAGCGAUAGGAGAACUGUACAAGAUAUGGGUAAGCAAAAGUAGUGCUGAUAGUGGAAUUAUGGUGGAUAUGAGACAGUGGUUUGGAGACUUGACUCACAAUAUUGUUUUGAGAAUGAUAGGAGGAAAAAGAUACUUUGGAGCUAACGCUGAUUGUGAAGAAGAUGAGGCACGGAGGUGCCAGAAAGUGAUGAGAAAUUUUUUUUUUCUAUUUGGCGUGUUCGUCUUGUCUGAUGCGAUACCAUUUCUUGGAUGGUUGGACUUUAAUGGCUACGAGAAAACAAUGAAGCGAACAGCGAAAGAAUUGGACACUCUCAUCGAAGGUUGGCUGGAGGAGCAUAAAAAAAGGAGAUUGUUGUCCGGAGAGAGAAAGGAAGAACGGGAUUUCAUGGAUGUGAUGCUAAAUGUCCUGGAAGAUGCCAAUAUUUCUGGUUAUGAUGCUUAUACUAUUAACAAGGCUACUUGCCUGAAUUUACUGUUAGCAGGAAGUGACACCACCAUGGUCACGCUGACAUGGGCUCUAUCUUUAUUGCUGAACAAUCCGGAUAAGUUAAAGAAAGCUCAAGAAGAGGUGCGCAUCCACAUUGGCCAGGAUAGAAGUGUUGACGAAUCCGAUAUUGAAAACCUGAUCUAUCUACAGGCAAUUGUCAAGGAAACACUGCGCUUGUACCCACCUAGUCCAAUCAUUGGUCUUCGAGCUGCAAUUGAGGACUGCACCCUCUCAACUGGUGGUUAUCAUGUUCCUGCUGGUACACGCUUAAUGGUGAAUGCCUGGAAAAUUCAACGUGAUGAACGUGUAUGGUCGGAUCCUCACAAGUUCGAACCUGAGAGAUUUCUGAGUAGUCAUAAGGACACGGAUUUGAGAGGCCAAAAUUUUGAACUGAUCCCAUUUGGGUCAGGAAGAAGAUCGUGCCCUGGAAUCUCACUGGCCCUCCAAGUAGUGCAGUUCAGCCUUGCUAUCUUAUUACAUAGCUUUGAAGUUGGGAAGGCAUCAAGUGAAGAUGUGGAUAUGAGCGAGAGCACUGGGUUGACAAAUUUAAAAGCAACCCCAGUUGAAGUUGUACUCAUACCGCGUCUUAAUUCUGAACUUUAUGAUCAUUAAGCGGUUUUUUAAAUGAUCGAAGUUAUUUGGAUCAAUUUAAACAUAUCUUAACAAAUCUUCCAAAAUCUUGAAAUUUCGGACGGAUAAGAGUUCUAAUUGUGCUUUGUAAACAAAUAAGGCCUGAGUUUACCAUUAAAGAAUGAGUUGGGACUCGUGCACUUUCU